UUGGGGGUUGCAGUGCCCUAACUGCAACCUUGGCACGAGUACUAUUAACGUGCAGAGGCUGAUGCUUGUGCGCAGGUAAUAUCAUACGUCAGGCUUAACUUAGGUUGGUGCCUUCCCUUAACAACGCUUCUACAUACAUACAUACAUACACUCGCUUUCAUUCCUUCAUUUCUUCUUCUCCAAGAUGGACAUGUUCUUCCCGGGCACCCUUCAAGAAGCCGUCGCGCUCGCGAUAGAGCAGAACCGUUCUCUGGCUUGCUUUGUCACUGGUAAGCUAGGUUUUGCUAUCCCCAUAUUCCCCCCCCCCCUGACUGACGGACGCAUUUAUCGUGAAUUGUCCCAUGCUAACUACAAGGCGUAGAUGGCGCCGAUGAAAGCGCGACUUGGGAGAAUACAUAUUUCGCGGACGAGGAGGUUUUGUCCCUUCACCAUGCCUGCUCUUUGUUCUACUGUCAUAGUUGCUGAUUCCAACUUUGCCCAUGCACAGGCGGUGCCAUUAUUAGCACAAUGCGUGCUCCUAAAACUGCAAGCUGGUUCGGUCGAGGCGGGAUUCUUGGCAGCGUUUUGUCCGAUACAAGAUGUUCCGUAUUUUGCUGUUAUCAAGUAUGAUAUAUUCUUGCGCUUAGUAGUGGCUGGUUGCUGAUGGACCACCGGGUGAAGGCAUGGGGCUCUAGUCGCGAACAUAAAGGCGGGUGUCUCGAGGGAGGAGUUCGUGAGGCUGCUGAGGGGGGCGUUUGUGGAGCCGCAGGGCGCACCACAAGCAGCAGCAGUCCAACCUACAGCUUCUCCUGAACCGGCCCCGACCCGUACUACACCCGUUUCGCCUCCGAGAGUGCCGGCAGCUCCGUCGGAAGCGCCAGGGAGAGCGGAUAAUUCCUCGUUUCUACGCCAGCAGAGGAAGAGGAAUCAGGAGGCUAGCGAAGAGAGGAAGCGGAUAUUGCAAUUACUGGAGAACGACAAGAAGGAACGAGAAGCGCGACGGGGGAAGAGUGUGGCAGAGGUCAAUGCUUCCCCAACCCCAAUUCCUGGAGCCGGAGAACGGGGGACACCAAAAUCACAUUCCCCCAGCGAAACAGCAAUAUCAUUCCGCAUGCUUGACGGGCUCAGCUUAAAGGCGAAAUUCCCCUCGUCCGCAGUGCUAGCAACCGACGUUCGCGAGUUUCUCGACGAGCACCGCACAGACGGCGACCACCCCUACAGCUUUCUCCAAAUCCUCGCGCCGCUGCCAAACAAGCCGAUCACCAUCUCGGAAGAGAACUCAAUGCUGAGCGAAUUGGGCCUCUCACCAACAUGCACGCUUGUGCUCGUCCCCGCAUCCUCGUCGGCGGCGUCGGCUUACAGCGGGGGUGGAGGGUCCACAGAGGGCGGGGGGAUAUUCUCGAGGAUUUACGGAAUGUUCUGGUCCAUUGUAACUACCAUCCUUGGGGUCGGGUAUCACCCGCCCGCUCCUAUUCCUGUGAAUGCUGAAUUGGGAAAGAGUCAGAGUUUGCCGACCGCGUCCUUGUCGUCCCUGUCCGAUGCGUCGGCCUCGUCAUCUUCGGGGCAAGCGCCAUCGAGGGAGGAGGUGCCGAGCACGACGAGGAUCAGGACACUGUACGACCAGAGGGGGCCCGAUGGGGAGGAGGCGGAUAGAAAGUACUACAAUGGGAAUCAGGUGCGUCAUCUUUAUUUCCUCCGUAUGUGGGGGGAGUGGCUCUUGCGACCCUUGGGCUGACUGUUGGACAGCUCGACUUUGAACCGAAAAGGGAUGGAGGCUCUGACGAUGGCAAUUGACUCGUGACUUAUAUGGUUUGUCCAUCCUUUGGCACCCACGCUACUCGUGGUAGGUUGACCUUUGUGAACACGACCGCUAUUGCGUGUCGCUAAACUCGCCUUCACAAACGCCACCCCAUUACGAGUAGCCACUCCAUGUUUUUUCACACAUAUGUCUUGUCUCUUUUCUUUUGGCUAAUGCUCUGUGGCAGUACUCUAGUAUUGUUUUCGUUUUGUCUUUUUUUCCCUUUACGAGUAGAAUGAAGGCCACCCUUUAGCCAGAG